AUGUCUACCUUCAGCAGCAAGGCUGGCAGCCACCGUCAACCUCAACGCAUAGCCGCUACGAUGACGACUGAUCCGAGCACGCGCUUGCUGCGCCAGCGCCGUGGCGCUCCCCAGCCUGGCUCCAACGAUGAGACUAUUCAAGCGCUGCUUCGCCUGCCAGGCUUCGACUGGGAGCCUGAGCUGCACUGGGUGUUCCCUCGCGAGAAUAGGGAGAUCUUUCGAAUGCUCGGUGUAGAGCGCGAGUACGAGCCUGGCAAGUGGCGCCCCGCUGCCAACCAGCAGAUGCUGACGGCGCGUCUGGCCGACUUGAUCGAGGCCUGCGAUGACGAGUGGCUCGACAACUGGCAGGAGUGUGCCUUGAAGCCCCAGUUCUGGGAGAAGGCCGCCGAGCGUCUUCACCCUCACAACGUCUGGUGGAGCCACUUCAGACCCACCGCCGUUCAAGUCUACAAGAUCGCCAUGACCUAUACUGCCCGCUGGGACCCCAAGGGCAGUGGCAUCACGAACAGGAAGGAGGGCGAGUGGGGUUUCAAACUCGGCGAGCUGACCUGGGGUUCUCGCAAGGCCGAGAUCGAUCCUGACAUGUUUGCUAAACCAUGGAACGCUGCUUUAGACUUCCACGAGUACUGCAACGACACUGAGGACGAUUACGGCCCCAUCCAGCCUCCCACUGGCAUGAAUUCCACCUCGAUCCAGGCCUUUGCCUGGCACCCUGGCACGGCUGAUAGCUCCACUGAGACCGAGGAGCAGGAGAAAGAGGGACAGAACGUGGCCGAAACCUCCAGCUCUACCAACCAGGAGACUGUGACUAUCUACGGCCCUCACCGCAACGCAGAGGGCGGCGCUGAUGGUGGCGCUGAGCAAACUUCAGUCACUGCCGUCAUUGACACAAGCAACCCUGACCGUCUGAUGAUUGUCUUUCGCAACCUGGAUCUCAAGGGCAAGGGUAAGCAGAAGGCUGACCAGGCGGGCGAUGAAGGCGUUAGUCUCUCUGGUGUCGAGGAUGAAAAGAAGGAGUAA